AUGAUAAUUAGCGAGUUAAUAGGCAAAUUCGGAAAGUAUCAGUUUUGGAUAUGCGUUUUGAUAUUCGCCAAUAAAUUCGGUGUUGCUUUUCAUCAAAUGGCAAUUGUAUUUUUGGCUCCACCAGCUGUUUACUAUUGCCCGGGAAACGCUACAUGCUGUGAUAGUCCGGCUUAUAAUACAUCACUGUUUACAAGAACAAUUGUAACUGAGUGGAACUUGAUUUGUGAAAAGAGUUUCCUCAAAGACAUCACGCAGACUUUGUUUCAAUUUGGCGUUCUGUUUGGCAGCUUAGUGUUCGGUAUCAUAUCUGACAGAUACGGCAGAAAGUCUACACUGAUUACAUCUGUAGUUCUUGAAGUGAUUACUGGAAUAAUGUCAUCGUUUAUGCCCGAUUUUUGGAGUUUCACCAUUAUCAGAAUGAUUCUAGGAAUCUCUGUGGGUGGUAUAAUGGUGGUGGGGUUUGUAAUCGUUAUGGAAUAUGUUGGGAAUGACAUCAGAUACGUAAUAUCAGCGCUCUACCAUGUUCCGUUUACUCUUGGUCACAUGUUGCUGGCACUGUUUGGAUAUUACAUACGAGAUUAUAUGUACUACCAGCUGGCCAUAUCUGUGGUCAACGUUUUCCUGCUGAUUUACAUAUGUGUAUUACCAGAGUCACCGAGAUGGUUGUUGGCCGUGAAUAAAACUUUUGAGGCCAUCACUUUAAUUGAACGAAUUGCUAAAACGAACAAUAUGGACAUUGAGGAUAUCUCAACUAAGAUAGAACUGUUUCAAUUAGAACAUAAACCAAAGAAAAGUUCGGUUUUAGAAUUGUUUCGAUCGCCAAAUUUGAGGAAAAACAUCUUGAUUAUGUCGUUUAACUGGCUUGUCAGCAGUUAUUGUUUUUAUGGUGUCACUUUUUAUAUCAGUCACCUAACUGGAGAUAUAUUUAUAAAUGUAGCUGCUAUGGGGUGUGUUUGUUUAUGUGGCUGUUUGAUAGCCAUUCCCAUAUUGAAGUUCAUGAAUCGGAAGACCAUUGUAAUACUGGGAAACGUUAUAUGCAGCAUAUCAAUACUGAUAAUUGCUUUCGUACCCGAGGGCAUAGUUUCUAUUGUUUUCGGGUGUAUCGGAGUUAUGUUUUCGUUCAUGCUAUUAGUUAUCGUGUACUUGUACUGUUCGGAAAUGUUUCCGACAGUUGUGCGUAACGCAGCCAUCGGAAUUUCGUCGAUGUCUGCCCGAAUGGGUUCAAUGAUUGCGCCUUUUGUGGCGGCACUGAGGCCUUACGGCCAAUGGUGCGCUCCGGUGGGCUUUGGUAUAUUCCCUCUCGUGGCGGCUCUCUUAUGUAUUUUACUGCCAGAAACGAAAGACUGUGAACUAAUGACCACCAUUGAAGAAGGUGAGGCAUUUGGAAAAUCUCGGACAAGAAAUCCGAACGGAAAUGAAAUAACUUGAUUAAUUGCCGUAUUUUAUUUUUAAAUUGGUAUUCAU